GUUACGGGUUGUGCUUGUCUUUUGGAUGCGUCAUCUACAAGCUCCUUUCUAGCUUCUUUGAGGUUUGAAGUUGGGCUACAGGCGUCACAGUGGAACGAUCACAUGUUCUUCUCUUGCGAGGAGGUUACCAGUUUUUUGUUGGUAGAUGGCUGAAACUGGGUCGACGAGUGUCCGCGUGUAAGAGCUGUUGGUCUUCUUUGACUUGUCUCAAGCCGAAUCACAAGGUUUUCUCCUUGUUCCUAGCCUGUCUCUUUAUCUCCGUCUGCUAUGGUGUGACUUGGCUCUAGUGGUUCAUGAUUCCUUGGUAUCGGGUGAAGCCUUUUGCCUUCCUUGUCGGUGUUGCGAUUGGUUAGGCUUUGGUGUUGUGUCUUAUCUGGUCUUCCUGAUGCUAUCUGGCGUUCACAGUUUCUAUAGGAAGGUUUAGUAGGCUUCUCUUUGGAACAUGUGGUCAUGUUUAGUGCAUUGGUUGUAGACUUCUCUUAGUGAGCUAAUUUUUUUGGUUGUAAGUUGGUUCCCUGUACUUUAGGGUUAUGUCUCCCUCGUUUGUUUCUCUCGUUUGAGCUUUUGUUUCCGGGGACAUCUUGUUGUUCGCCGGCUUUGUCUCCCGUUAAAGUCGGGCUCUGUUUCCUGUUAAAGUCUCUGGCUAAGUUUCCGGUUUAUCCGGUUUUGUAAACAUGUUUGGCUUGAUUAAUAAAAUUCCAGUAAC